CUACACAAUAAGAUCCGGGAAGUGGAGGAAGGAGCAUUCAGCAGUUUGGUGGCUUUGCAGGAGUUAAAUCUGGCCUACAACAAACUGACAGAUAUCUUGGGAGGAAUGUUUCAGAAUCUGGGAAAUCUCAUUGUCUUACAUCUAAAUGAAAACUUGAUCACAAAUAUCAACUUCUCUGCAUUUUUACCCCUGAUCAGUUUAAGAAAAGUAAAUCUGUCCAGAAAUUGGAACAACAUUACAUCCAUAUCAAAAGAUGAGAUGCAGUUCUGCACACAGUUAACUCAGCUUGAUCUCUCCAAUAACAAACUAUACAGUGUCCCUGCUGUCGUCAACAGCCUACCAGGUCUUCGUUUUUUGGACCUCACCUUCAACAAUAUUAAGAACAUAAGUAGUGUUGAUUUAGCUAACUUAACCCAAUUACGGACCCUUCAGAUUUAUAGCAAUGAAAUAUCUUUUAUUGAGGAAUUUGCUUUUAAAGAUCUGAAAAAUUUAACAACUCUAAUGAUUGGGUCUAACAGACUCUCUCUCAACAGAUAUUUUAAAAAAGAUCUUCAAAAACUUGAGAAUUUGGAUCUAGCAAAUAACAAGCUGGACUCUGUCCGUAGGGGAGAUUUUGACUCCUUAAAUUCACUGAAGAAUUUGUCUCUACCAGACAAUCAAAUAUCAUGUAUUGAAGCGGGGUCCUUCAAUAGACUGACAAAUUUAAUUUUCCUGAAUUUGCAAUCAAACAAGCUCUCUCAGUUUUCAAUAAAAGCUUCUGUGUUCUCCAGACUCCCAAACCUGAAAACACUUCUGUUGAACAAUAACUAUAUUUCAUAUGACAGUCAAGAGCCUCUUGAACAACCACCCUUUCAAUAUCUGAGAAAGCUAAAGACUCUGAAAAUUUUUAGCCAAGGUCAUAAAGGAAUGCUUUAUUUACCUUCAAAUCUUUUCAAGGGUCUGUGGAAUUUGGAAGAACUUCAAGCAGAGAAUCUUAAUAUAAAUUCUUUACAUCCCGAUACAUUUACUUAUACUCCUUAUCUGUGGGUACUGGAUCUCAGCAGAAAUGAUUUUAUUUCACUCACAACAAAAAUAUUUCUGCCACUCCAGGUCCUCAAGACACUCCACCUGUCUAAAGUCGGCUUGCAAUCUUUGGACUUUCUCAUUAAUGCAAAUCUCAGUAAACUGCAUCUGUUGCAUGUAAGCAAGAAUGCAUUAUCAGUCAUUAAUGAGACAUUGAUCCGGUCUCUUCCAACAUUGAUUUACCUUGAUCUACGAGGAAAUUAUCUCUCAUGUGACUGUACCAAUGCCUGGUUCGUCAACUGGACCAUUAGUUGCAAUGACACAGAAGUUGAAAGUGCUUAUGAACUCACAUGCAAUUACCCAGACAAACUCAAAGGACAUAAACUCUUGGAUCUUGAUAUAGGUUCAUGUAAUGUAGAUGUUGGGUUUUUCUGUUUCAUUUCCACAGCCACACUAGUCUCUGUGACCCUCCUUGGCUCUUUUCUCUUUCACUUCCUCAAAUGGCAGGUUAUUUAUGCUUACUACCUUUUCCUUGCUUUACUCCAUGAUAACAAACAGCAGAGAAAGCCCAAUGUUUUGCAGUAUGAUGCUUUUAUUUCCUAUAACGUUCAUGAUGAAUUGUGGGUAAUGAGGGAACUUUUACCUCAGUUGGAAGACAAGCAAGGCUGGAAGUUGUGUCUGCAUCACAGGGACUUUGAACCAGGCAAACCUAUCAUGGAUAAUAUUGUUGAUGGCAUUUAUAGUAGUCGAAAAACCAUCUGUGUGAUUAGCCGUCACUACCUGGAAAGUGAGUGGUGUUCCAGAGAGAUCCAAGUUGCUAGUUUCCGUCUCUUUGAUGAGAAAAAAGAUGUUCUCAUCCUGGUAUUCCUGGAGAAUAUUCCAAGUCAUCAACUGUCUCCGUACUACAGAAUGAAGAAACUAAUUCAGAAGAAGACAUAUUUAAGUCACCCAAGAGCAG